GCCAAAACCUUUUCUUAUUUAACAGUCUAACUUCCCCAUUAGUCAGACGGAAAACAAACAAUUUCCUCUGUUGUCUUCCUCAGAUUAAUAGCACUUGCAGCGCAUCCACUCUGAGUUUAGGCCAGUGUCAUGUCUCAAGGAUAAACUGAUGGAAGAGGUGUAUGGAACAACAGGAUACCCCCAUUUCUAAGUGAAAACAGCACUGCUUCCCAAGAUCAACAUGAUCAAACUUGAUGAUGCUCGACCUCUCCAACAAUAAACUCAGGUCAUUGGAUUUUCUAGCAGAGGCCAAACAAUCGGCACUCAAGUGGCUAAACGUCAGCAACAAUGAAUUGUUUGUAAUCAGCGAAACAGUCAUCCGAUCCCUUCCAGGCUUGACAUAUCUGGAUCUAUCUGCUAACCUUUUAACAUGUGAAUGUUCUAAUUAUGGUCUUAUCCAGUGGAUUCAAAGCAGCAAACAGACACAGGUUGUUAAUGCACAUCAGUACACUUGUGUGUUUCCUGUUAGCCAACGGGGAAACAAAUUCCUGGACUUUGGCUUUGACUCCUGUCGGAUAGAUGCUGCCUUGCUCUGCUUCCUUUUUAGCUCUAGUCUAGUUGUGCUUACUCUCCUUGCAUCCUUCAUCUACCACUUCCUGAGGUGGCACCUCACUUAUGCCUACUACCUCUUCCUGGCCUUUCUCUAUGAUAACAGGAGGCGGAAGAAAGGUAUUCCUCACAGCUACGAUGCCUUUGUCUCCUACAAUGUUCAUGAUGAAGCUUGGGUCUGCGGAGAGUUGCUUUUAAAGCUGGAGGGUCAGCAGGGCUGGAGACUCUGUCUGCACCACAGAGACUUUGAACCAGGUGUUGAUGCUUUUCAUUAUGGCACUGAAAAGAGGGAGUUUUCGACACCACAGUGUCUUUUUUUUCGCUUUGACAGCACUAUGCCGCCCCGGGCAACCCCCGUGUCGCCCGUAUCAAAAACCGCUACUGGCUACCGUCUCUUCAAUGAGCACAAGGAUGUGUUGAUCAUGGUAUUUCUGGAGGACAUACCAGCCAAGCAGCUGUCUCCGUACUACCAAAUUUGGAGUCUGGUGAAGAGGAGCUCUUACUUGAGUUGGCCACAGGCUGUUCAGCACACUGGAGUCUUCUGGCAGAAAUACAACAACCUCUUUCUCUCUCGAGAGAAGAAACCCCUGCUGAGCACAGGCGCCUCCUCACUGGACACCAGAGAGUCAUCCAAUGAUAUUUAAUCUAGGUGGAAAAAUCACAGAUUGCAUAUAAACGAGCUAGCUUCUGGUUCAGAGAGGUGAAGCUACUGCAGAAGUGGCUAAACUUGCAGUACUUCUAAUGCCCAGCAGGGGGAAACUCCUGUGGUUUCAAUAAGGUUACUUGUAGGUGUCUAUGGGCAAACAGCCCUGUGCUGCCUUGACCUGUGACCUCAGUGAACACUUUGUUGUCUGGUGGACUUUCCUGGAGUUUAUGGACUCGGUCAAAAGUGUCAAGUGUUAUUUCAUAUUGUUUGUUUUAUAAAUGGACAACCCAGUGUUACAAGAAUUAUAUGUGCAUUUUUAUUAACGUCUGUACCGAAUUCUGACAACUUAGCAUGUUGUGCUCAUCCUGUCAGGGGUAAAUAUACUGAAUGACAUUUAGUCUUACUGUAGUCCCAAGAGCUCACUGCUGGUUUCCUUCAUACUCUAUGUUCCUGUUACUGCGAACUGACAGUUGUUAGUGUUUCUGACAAAGCGUGAGAGACAGUAUUUUUAGUUGAUAACACUGAUGAAACCCAACCUGAAACCAAUGAAUGAUUUUUCCUUUGUGAUACUUAUUUCUUUACAAUGAAAUAAAAACAGAAGUUAAAUGAGUAGCAGAGGCUAAGAGCAGUGGUGUUUUGUUUUUUUGACUCACCAUAAAUUUUGCUGCCACUUUCUAUGGCUUGUUCAGUUUACAGUUUUAAUCCAAAAAAAAGAAAAAGAAAAUAUGUCAAACUGUAUGUAAAUGAUGACAUCCUCCUCCUCAAAUGGGGAUGUCAUAGAUUCAAUUCAAUUUUAUUUUAUUUAUACAGUACCAAAUGACAACAACAGUCACCUCAAGGUGCUUUAUUUUGUAGUGUAAACCCUACAGUAACACAUACAGAGAAAAA